GGCUGCUUUCGUCGGAUGUUUUUUCGUCCUGUGAGGCGAGCCGAGCGGGACGUGGGGGUGGACAUCCGUCGGUAAUGCUCCUCACUCAGGACUAUAUAUAUAACAUUUGAUGACAUCGUCCAGCUAGAGAGACGCUUUCAACGCUAAAAGACGAGCGGAGAGGGAACUGCUCGUUAGCAGGAAAUAUGGACUUGCAAAUACUGGAUCACAGACUCCGGGUCACCAGCAUAUCCAAGAACGGGCUGGUCAAUUACACUCACCCUCUAAUAAAACUGAUAUUUCUCCGCAACAGGACGCGAUGCAAGUUUUUUAGCCUGACAGAAACACCUGAGAACUACACAGUUGUCCUUGAUGAAGAAGGAUUUAAAGAGCUGGCACCCUCGGAGCACCUCCAGGUCGAGAGCUCCAUCUGGCUGCCCCUCAAUGUUGCCUCCAACGGCAACGCCUCCAGCAGCUCGCAGGCUGUCGGCGUGACAAAGAUUGCCAAGUCGGUCAUUGCUCCGCUUGCCCAGCAGCACGUUUCCGUCUUCAUGCUCUCCACAUAUCAGACCGACUUCAUCCUGGUGAGGGAGAAAGACCUGUCAGUUGUCAUCAGUACGUUGAAUGAGGAGUUCAACAUUUUUAAGGAAGUGGAAGGAGAGUAUGUGCCUGUGGGUUGCCAGGACUUUACCAACGGCCUCCUGAAGAACGGCAAAGAAGCCGUGCAGCCCACAGUUCACCCGGUGCUGAUCCCACAGAACCAGUUCUGCGUCAUGUCUCUGGACCCAGACACGCUGCCGUCCAUCGCCACCACGCUCAUCGAUGUCCUCUUUUAUUCCAACAGUCCUAAGGAAGAAAGCGAAUCGUCUACAGGUCAGGACUUGGAAUGUAUCAAGUUCUUCUCCUUCUCCCUCAUCGACGGAUACAUCUCAUUAGUGAUGGACACUGAGGCUCAGAGACAGUUUCCUGCUGACCUCCUGUUCACCAGCUCCUCCGGGGAGCUCUGGCGGAUGGUCCGUAUUGGUGGUCAACCGCUGGGUUUUGAUGAAUGUGGCAUAGUCGCCCAGAUAUCUCAGCCCCUGGCAGAUGGUGACAUUUCUGCCUAUUACAUCAGCACCUUCAGCUUUGACCAUGCUUUGGUGCCCGAAGAAGACAUCGUGAGUGUCACAGACAUGCUCCAUCACCAGAGGAAUGAACCGUCCACCACUUGACUCGUUGUGUCCUCCCCUCCUUGGUCAGUUCUUCUUGGACAGCGGUAUCAGGAAAAGAUGUUAACCGUGCCUAGAUCCUCACUGCAUUGCCAACAGUAUUAACGACUACGACUUUGCCAUUAAAACCAGGAGCGCUUCUUUUGGACUUAUCCAAAGCUCGUCUGUGACCCUUCUUAUCUUAGCUAAGCUGAAAAAUAUUUGCAGACAGCCCCACCAUACCCCAGGAGGCCUUCAAGAACUCACAUGAUGGAGACAACAGCACACUUAUACAAUUCAAAUCAGAAAUUCAGGCACGAAUAGGUAAGAUAGACUCUUUGUAUUUUAUUCAAGAUUCUAUGAUCUAUGUGGUAUAAAGUUAAAGUAUUCUACAGGACUUCCUUAUGUGGCAAACACAGAUUACAUUCUUCCUUUUAUAUGUACAACUUAAAUAAUGAGACUAAUGCUGUUUUUUUUUUGUUUGUUUGUUUAAUUUGGAGAAAAUGCAUGCGAUGUACAUGCACUUUGGAAGACCCAUAAGCAGCAGAUAGAAAAAAUAGCAAGGGGGUCCAAAGUGUGGGUGUUCUCUGUUAAAGAUCUCUUUAACUGAAAGUGAAUGUUGCAAUCAGCAACCACAAGGCUAAUAGUAACUGACGUAGUCAUAAUUAAUUGGAGUUUACUCAUUUCCUGGAAGCUAAGCAUCAAAAGUCAUCCCUUCCCUUUCAAAAAUGCAAAUAUGACAAGAAGAUUGUGAGAGAAUGUCAUACUAUUCCAAGCCUUCUCGGCAACCUUCAAAGGAAAGACUUGAAAAUGUUAUAGCUAUAAGUUGUAAUUCCAGCAUGAGUUUCAUAAAUUAGCUCCUCAAAAAGUACAAGUAUGUGAAUAUCAGGUUUCUAACUCCAUGGCUAAAAUAUGUGAGAAGUAACCUGUUACUUAUUUUCAUCUAAGAGUAUUAUGAGAGCUCUUUAACAGAAGUUGUAGCUCAUUUUCCUUUGAUAAGAAUUUGGAGUGUGAAUUUAUUAUUUUUUUUCUAUAAUGGGUCAGCAUUUUUAAACAAUGCCAUGGUCAAUGACACUAUGUCUUAGUUUUUGCUACUUGCACAAUAAACCUUUAACUAAUGAAUUUCAAUUAGACGAUUUUUUUUUUUUUUUUUUGGUACAACUACGUUUUUCUACCAUUUCUGAAGUGUUCUGUAAACCUUUGUAACUUUUGUGCUGCUUCUGUCAUUCAAUAAAAACGAAUAAUAAUAAAAAAAGUCUUAUUGUUGA